UCAGGAUCAGGAUCAGAUGAAGAUGAUGUGGUUCUGGUUCUGUUGGGUUCUGGGCCCCGUGGUCUUGGCCUCCCCACCCCUGUUCUCACUGCAUCCCUCCCCCGCCAUCUUCUCGGCGGCAGAGGACGCCUGCCCCCCCGGCGGACUUGCCUCCCUGUUCUCGGACCAGGAGGUCUCUGCGGUGCUGAACCUGGUCUCAGGGUCAAACGGUUCCGUGUUCUGGGUCGGGCUGCGGAAGGUGAAGGAUGCCUGUGUGGAUCCGGGUCUGCCUCUGAGGGGGUUCAGCUGGACCGGGGGGGGCAGCCAGGCCCCGCAGGGGGUCCGCUGGGCCCAGGAGCCCCAAGAGACCUGCACCACCUUACGUUGUGCCGCCAUUAGGCUGAACCAGACCGGGACCAGCGGGACCAGCUGGGGCCUGAUUCCCGUCAGCUGCAGGAGCAAAAACCCAUACAUCUGUAAAGGCCGGGGGACGUGGGUGGCACCAGCACCCGGACCUAAAAAAGGUAAAGGACCAGAAAAAAGACCAGAAAAAAGACCAGAACCAACCCAAGGACCGGGACCAGAGCCUGCACUAGCACCAGAAGCAAAACCUACACCACAAAAAGAAUCAGCUGCACCAGAGCCUUCAGAAAAGGAACAACCUCAACCAUCAAAACCUGAUACACCACAAGCUACACCUGUGACACAAGACCCAGAACCAGACCUGAAGACUAAGUUUGGACCAGAACCAGACCUGAAGCCUGACUCUGGAACAGAACCGCACCUGAAGCCUGACUCUGGAACAGAACCGGACCCUUGUCCACGGCCUCAGAUCACGGGGACCCGCUCCCUCCGCGAGGACAACAAGACCCGGGCUCUGGUGGUGUGCUGGUCUGGUCUGCAGCUGGACCUGGUCUGCUCGGGCCGCCCCCCCGCCUGGCACCUGACGGACGGAUCCGUGGCCAACCAGAGCGCCGCCUGUCAGCUCUGUGAGCCGGGCUUCAUCAGAACCGGGUCCGGAGACUGUGAGGACAUCGACGAGUGCAGCGGUGGGGCCGGACCCUGCAGAACCUCCUGCCUCAACACACCUGGGUCCUACAGGUCAGAGGUCACCCACUAAAGCUAACACUACUCUAAUGCUACGCUAACG